AUGUGGCUCCCCCUUCUGGUGGCGUUGGGUGUGAUUCUUCUGUACAGGUGGUACAGGCAGAGCCAGAUCCUGGAGAAUCUCACCGACAAAUACGUCUUCAUCACCGGAUGCGAUACUGGAUUCGGGAACUUGCUGGCCAAGCAGCUGGACAAACGUGGGAUGAAGGUCCUGGCCACUUGUCUGACGGAGAAAGGUGCCGAAAAUCUGAAGAAAGAGACCUCCAGCAGGCUGAGAACAAGAAUCCUGGAUAUCAGCGACAGCCAAAGUGUGAGCUCUGCUGCCCAGUGGGUGUCCAGCAUUGUUGGACAUGAAGGGCUUUGGGGAUUGGUGAACAAUGCUGGUUUUACCAUUGCUCUGGCACCCAAUGAGUGGCAAACAAAAGAAGACUUCUCCAAGGUUCUGAAUGUGAAUCUUCUUGGGACGAUCGAUGUCACGGUGCGCUUGCUGCCUCUUGUCAGAAAAGCCCGGGGACGCAUUGUCGUGGUAUCCAGUGCCGCUGGGAGAUUGGCUUUUAUCGGUGGGGGAUAUUGUCCUUCAAAGUUCGGCCUGGAGGCUUUCUCAGACAGUUUAAGGAGGGAGAUGCGAGAUUUCAGUGUGAAGGUUUCUAUCAUUGAGCCGGGAGCCUUCAAGACCGCGUCAGCCGUUGACGUAGAUCUUCAUAUCAAUAAUAUAACACGACUGUGGGGAAAAUUGCCGACACAUAUUAAGGAGAGCUAUGGAGAGGACUACUUCAAGGAAUAUAUCAACGCUCUGAAAACACUAACAGCAUCGACCAGCCCGAAGGCAUAUAAAGUCUCAGAUUGUAUGGAGCACGCCCUAACCGCUGUCCACCCCUGGACCCGGUACUCACCCGGCUGGGACUGCAAGCUGCACUACCUCCCUCUCUCCUACCUCCCCACCGCCAUCUCUGACUAUUGGCUGGGUCGGUCGGCUCCCAAACCUGCUAACAGGAUAUCAGCCGGUGAAAGAAAAUAA